AUGAACAACAACGACAACAAUAAUGAUGACAGUAACUUUCUUCAUGAUUUCAAACGUCGAGGUCCCAGCAACGAGUAUGAACAACAAGUAUUGAAGCGAACAAAUAAAGCACGUACACAAGGUCAUUUUUGUGGUAGCACUUGGUAUCCUGCUACAACCGAACUUACGUGGAAUGAUGAAUUAGCCGACACCGCACAGGGACAUGCCGACAGCAUGCAUGAUAAUGACUACUUUUCUCAUACAGAAAUCAUUUCAAGUUAUAAUUUAAUAAUUGAAACCAAACACACACUCGAUUUACGUGAAGAUGAAAGUAUAUCAGAAGGUGAAAAUGAAAAUACAUCUGAAGGUGAAGAUGAUGAUACAUCGGUAAGUGAAGAUGAUUUUGAAUAUUGCAAACAUUCAGACAAAUGUAAAUAUAGUUAUGAGCAAAUGCAAAAAAUCGCCGAUAAAAGUGAAAAAUUGAGUUUCAAUUCAUUAAAGUAUCAUUAUAAAAAAUUGAAAAACCCAGUAGAAGUAUCACGUAUAAGAAAAUAUAUUGCAAAUGGCGGUACUGAUUUUCAGAAAUAUGAAUUGAUUAAAGAUUUUGUUUGGAAAAAGUUUCAAUUAGCAAGAAGCAAAUAUUUGUCAGUUAAAGAUGAAGGUCUUAAAAGAUGA